AGCGCCGAACAGCUCUGGGCCAAAGGACCAUGAGAGGGCCGGAGCCGGGUCCCGAACCAACGAUGGAGGGAGACGUGCUGGACACACUGGAGGCGCUGGGGUAUAAAGGACCAUUGUUAGAAGAGCAAGCCCUUACGAAGGCAGCAGAGGGUGGAUUAUCUUCACCUGAAUUUUCAGAGCUCUGUAUUUGGUUAGGCUCUCAAAUAAAAUCAUUAUGCAACUUGGAAGAAAGUAUCACGUCUGCUGGAAGAGAUGAUCUAGAGAGCUUCCAGCUUGAGAUAAGUGGCUUUUUAAAAGAAAUGGCAUGUCCAUAUUCUGUACUCAUAUCAGGAGAUAUUAAAGAUCGUUUAAAAAAGAAGGAGGACUGUUUGAAACUUCUAUUAUUUUUAAGUACAGAACUUCAAGCUUCACAGAUACUACAGAACAAGAAACAUAAAAAUUCUCAAUUAGAUAAAAAUAGUGACAUUUAUCAGGAAGUUCAAGCUAUGUUUGAUACACUUGGUAUACCCAAGUCAACAACUUCUGACAUUCCGCAUAUGCUAAGCCAAGUGGAAUCAAAGGUGAAAGAUAUUCUCUCAAAGGUCCAGAAAAAUCAUGUGGGAAAACCACUGCUGAAAAUUGAUUUAACUUCAGAACAGGCGGAACAACUUGAAAGAAUAAAUGAUGCUCUUUCCUGUGAAUAUGAGUGCCGCCGGCGAAUGUUAAUGAAACGAUUAGAUGUGACUGUACAGUCCUUUGGAUGGUCUGAUAGAGCAAAGGUAAAAACAGAUGAUAUAGCAAGAAUUUAUCAGCCUAAACGUUAUGCUUUGUCACCCAAGACAACAGUUACAAUGGCACAUCUACUUGCUGCUCGUGAAGAUCUAUCCAAGAUCAUUAGGACAAGUAGUGGCACCAGCCGGGAGAAGACCGCAUGUGCCAUCAAUAAGGUUGGUGUUUCUUUCAGCACAGUGGAAAAUGAACUGAUAAUAUCCUACUUAAUGUUUUUACAAAUUUUAACCUAUUUUUCUUUCAUGUCCUGGUAAAUAUUUAGAAGAAAGAGUGGCAGGGGGGUUCAGUCUAGGCUUAGUUAUGUUAUUUUUGUGUAUGUAUGU